AUCGCCAGCUGCAAUGGAAUUCGUUGAAAAAAACUAAAACUUACCAAAAGAUUUAUUUAUUUACUUAAAAUUGGAUAUUUAGAAUGUUGAAGUGUUGAAUAUUUAUUUUCCCAGUGCGGGUUAUCAAGUCAAAUGUGUUUGCCAUGCGCGGCGGUAACUUUUCAGCGAAAUAUCUGUGAAGAAAACACAUAAACACGGGACCUUUUGGCCCAGGCGAUCAAAUCGAAACGACGAUAAAACGGAUCAAAGGAUUACUGGCAUGCGAUAAACGACUGAUUAUGAGGCAGUGGUCGAGGAGUUCGCAGGAAACUAUAAAACAUGUGGCCCAGCUGCAGCUUCCGUGCUACGCUGCUCGCCCUGGCUGCUCUAGCAUCCACGACGAGCAGCCAACAAGUUCCUUUGGCCUUGGCCGCCAAUGUAAACUCAAAUUCAAACCUAAACAUCACUAGCAACGCCAACAAAGUGCCUACAGAUGGGGGUGGAGAUUUGGUGGCUGGCUAUAUGCCACUCCAAUCGCCCGCGAGCAUAUACUUCGUCAAUCACAACCACCAAAAUGCAAUGCAGCUGCGUCAUAGCAUAGAAGGCAAGCUGCGGACUAUUCGCAAUGUAGAAAUGCGAGUGGCCAAGAUCCAGGAAAUCUUCGACUCCAUUCACUAUACCAGCGCCAAUGGAGUAGCACCUGCGUCGCGGCAAUCGCAAAGCAACGACAGUUGGCAAGCCAAUCCGCAACUGCAGAGGGAUUUGCAGAUGUUUAGCGCGAGAUUGGGAAAGAAACUGCAAAAGGCCACUCACGUGGUGCUGGAACUACGAGAGCUCUUUCGUUACAACCUCAGCAGGGUGCUCCAGUACACGUACGAGGAUGAAGACGAGGAUAUGGAGAGCGAGCUUGAAUUGGAUAUGGAAAUGGAUGAUCUGCACGGCAGGAAUACUGUAUCGCCUGCUAAGGAUCACACGCAGGUUUAUCUAAACACUCAGAUAGAAAACUGCCAGCCUGACUAUGACAAUGAGAUGAACUCUGCUUCCUCCUCGUCACCGGCCCAAUCUGUUCACUACAACAAGCAACAAAUCCAGAUCCUAAACUACCUUAAAUCGGAUGAUGCGCGCGCCACGUUCCUGAAUGAGAAUAACGCUCGUUCCUUGGCUGUCAACGGCUACAUCUCGGAUCAGCUCCUGCAAAUCAAACGAAGACUAAGUCAGAACGAAGCCGAUAACUCGAAUACCAAGCCCAACAGCGGCAAUCAUUUCAAACAUAUCUACUUUCUGUCGAACUCCGAUGGAGCCCCUGCUGGUCUCCACUUUCGGCAGCUCUAUGUGUCGGCAAUUAAACAGAAGUUUGUGCUCUUUCUUAUCGAUGUGGGGUCGGCUUUAAAUGCAGACCUAUUGGAACUCACUAAGAGCUUUGUUCACGAGAUGCUUCAACUGCUGGAGGACACGGAUAAAGUCUCAAUAGUAACAGUUUCCAAUGAGGGCAGCUACAUGUCGCUCGAUUCGUUCCCUGCCGAGGCCAGUCAUGGUAUUUACAGCGCCACCAGAGCUCACAAGGAGGAAAUAUACAGCUACGUUAACAGCCUAAGCCGGGCGCAGUCUCUUACCAACCACACCUUGGGAUUCGAGUAUGCCUUCGAAUUACUCCAUCGACUACAGCAGUCUGGUAUGAUUAACCCUGCCGACCAGCCAGUGGAAUUUGUUUACGUGACGCGAGGUCUGCUCACCAACCUAUCGGAUGCCAUGGCUGUCUUGCGGGUGGUUGCCGAAGGGCAGCAACGUCUAAAGGCUCCUGUGAUCAUAAACACCUGCGCGGUGGUUUUGGACGAAAAGAGAAUUAUGUACGAGAAGCAAUUUCUUAGCGAUGUGGCCACUCAAAACUACACCAAGUACGAGAUUGAUGUGACUAGUUGGUGGCCUACUGGACAGCCUACAUCUCACUUGGCCGGGCGAUUCUAUGUGCUGAGUAAAACCCACGCUGAAACGGGCAUCCCACAAACCAGCUCGCGAAUCUUUGGGCAGCUGUUUGCAGAGCGAUAUUUGACCGAUACGCUGGAAGUGCACCCUCCAGUGGUGGAUGCCGAUAGUGGAGAUGUUCUGGUGUCUAUUACACAUGCCAUUCCUCCUUACGGCGUUGUGGGCGUCAACUUGUACCUGGCUGAUCUUCUCGAGGAUCUGCUCAACUAUCCCAGUCCUGCCUCUAGUGCCAAACAGGGCAGUGGAUAUGCCUUCUUGCUGGAUAGAUCAACGGGCAAUACCAUCGCCCAUCCGGCCUUCCCGCGGCCCCUCAUCCAGCGAGAGACCUCUUAUCCUGUGAAUAUUGCCUAUCUUGAGAACGCGACGGAUUUUUCCAGCCUUAUUCGGGAGCGCCUGCUGCACGAGGAAAGCGGCAAUGCCACCACAGAUGUUUAUGUGGGGAAGCAACGACUGCAACGCACCUACCAUUGGCAAUCUGUUCUGGGCUUUUACGUGCUGUGCCUGGUGAGCAGUGGAGGCGAUUACCUUCGUAAUGCUUCUGCCGCCCAGCGCUACAACCUAAAAGAUACAAUUUCCAACUAUGAGCCUGGAUACUUUGGCGAGAGCAUGGACCUAUUGUAUCACCGAUUGGAUCUCGUCCAAGGUGGCAAUACAUUGCCAAAAACAUGUCGUUAUUUCAGACAAAUGGCAACUAUGGAUGCACCUACUCUAUUUCUGAGUGCUGCAGCGUUUGAGUCUCCUUUUGGAUUUCUGCACAACAACCGUCCCCGCACGCAACUCCGACAUGUGGAAUCCAUUAUGGCCUACCUGAGAGAUUCUAGUGGCUUACUGGCGAAUCCUGGCCUGCGUCCCGGCAUUCGAUAUGAAGUGAAUAUGCUUUACCAGGCCAUGCAGCAGCUGCGACGAAGACAUCAAGAUGCCAGGGGUUCUCUGCGAGGGCACAUCAUUCGGCGUUAUAUGGCCAGUGUUAGUGGAGUUCUUCAGCUGUAUCCUGGUUGUUUGCUCAGUAGUAGCUAUGAUCCCACCAGACGACCGUGGUUCCGGCAAGCGAUGGCCCAGCCGGGAAAGAUCGUGAGCACCGCUCCCUACUUAGAUGCUGGAGGUGCAGGCUAUAUCAUAACCAUAGCGCACACCAUUUUUGAGGGAAAGUCCCACGCACUGCACGUAGCACAGCAGGAUAGACCGAUCGGCGUGGUGGCCCUGGACGUGCCCUAUGCUUUCUACUACCGUCUCAUAAUAGAGGGAACACCCAUGUGCCAGCAGCCGCACAUGAAGUGUCUUCUAUUCGAGCACGAGGGCUACUUGCUGGCUCACCCGAGCAUGAUGCAACCAGCUACUCCGACGCGUAACCAGAGACGGCCCCACGAGCAUCUCACGCACAAGGAGUCCUACUUGGCCAACGACAUGCUCAAUCACGGGCAGUUGGUGAGGAAGCUGGGCUGUGCCAGCUACCAGAAUCGAACUUUACAGCGAUACUACGCGUUCAACACCUCCCUGGCCACCAUCCUCGGAAAUGUGGUCCACGGGGAACGAACCAAGUACGCCAUUGCCCUGAUCCGGGGAAGCAAUGUGUUUGCCGCUGUUCUGAAUUCCAGCUGUGAUGGUGGCGCCUUCUGUCCGUGCAGUACCAUCGAUCGGGAGUGCCUCAACUGUAAGCGGAUGGACCAAACGGACUGCGAAUGCCCCUGCGAGUGUCCACUGGUCGGGGACAGCAGCUCAACUUCGUCCUUUAACUACUAUGCCAACUAUACACAACAGUUCCCAUAUUGCCCGCCACCGAGUGAGCACUUUAUAGCUCUACCACCGACAACCCAACUGCUCAGUGGCCUCCCCAGUUGUCCCGGAAGCGCUGGCAUCUGUGAGACUUAUUCCACGCACCGUGAGUGUCUCGGAGUGAUGGGCUGCGAAUGGUGUCAACAGGAUAUGGACGGAAACGGCUUCUCCACGGCCUUCUGUGCGUCGCAGGCUAGCUGCUUUAACGGAGUGCUGGCCUCUCUGACGCCCUACGGAGAGCUGGACGAACUGGAGCUACUGGCCGCCCACAAUCCGCAACGAGAGCAACACGCAUACUCUGCCUUCGGGCCGCUGGGCGGAGCUAUUGUGGUUCUGGGCAUGGUGAUAGGAUUUGCCAUAUAUUGCUACAGACACAACCUGGACUCCCAGGCGCAGGAACAGUUCUACGUGGAUUCCGUUCAGGAAGAAAACUACGGACUGCCCUUAUCCAGGUUCAAUUUUGACGACUGCAAGGCGCACGACGAACCGCCUCUGGGUGGUGGAUACGACCACACGGCAGCCCAACGCCAGCUUAUGAAUGCAGCGGACAUAUCGCCGUACCACGUGUCCAGUGGAAGUAGCUACCGGCGGCCGCCCAACGGAGAGUCGGAUCAUGGCUACAGCACCAUGACGCCGCAUGAGGAUAGCUCCGACCAGCAGUGCUUCACGCUGGCGGAACCGUUGCUCCUGCACGACAAGCGCCACAGCAAAUCGGACACCAUGUCCAUAUCCACGUCCAUAUCGAGUCCCACGAAUCGACAGCAGUCCUCCACACAGCCAAAUACGCAUCCGUACUUGAGCAAUCAGCCGACCUCCAAGACGGAGCGCUACAAGCAACAGCAGGUGCAAGCCACACCCUCACCAUGCCGGGGACCGCCCGGCUCCGGAGGUGGAGGCGGGGUCUACGGGCAGACCACUCUGCCUUUGGAGGGAGAGGAGUCGCGGCACUACAUCCUGGCACCAGUGACUGUCCACCGGCACAUGGAAACGUCUGAAUCGUAGUCGUAAAUAGCGUUGUUAAGUUUUAGAGCGUAAGGAGUCCGCUUGUUUGCCAAUCUAGUUUCGUAAGAUUCCAAUCGGGCAGUUCAACUGCCCAACAACUGUCCAGAAAUACCAAGAAUGGACUCCAGUUCCGGCCCCACUGUAUCUUUUAGAGCCUCCCACAGAAGGAGUGUAAUACCAACACCAACUAUUAAGUGAUGACAUUGUUUCUGCCAUUUUUUGAUCGAUGUAUUGUAUUGUAAUUUAUUGUAAUUUAUUGCAACAAGUAUUACUAUAUUAUGUGCAGCUACUUCCAAUAUUUUUAAAACAUUUAUUUAAUAAGCACUAAACGAAAUGUACUUACUGUCUGAUUGUAAGAUACCUACCAUGUCGUAUACCGUUUUUUGUAAUAGGUCCUAAGUCGAUAAAGUUACUAACUACCGAUUUUAGUACUACACAACAUACCUAUAUAAUAGCAUUGUACGUUUCAAAUAAAAAAUGUUUAAAUUUUGCAAAA